AUGGCAAAAACCUCUAAAACUGUUCCUCAAAAGGAAAAAGCUUCGUCGUCUUCUAGAACGACCAAAGCUGUCGAGUGGUACCCCGGUGUUGUCAACGAUCUCUCAGGCUGGGUCCGACGACUUGAUUCGAUCUGCCCAUAUGCCAAGCGCGUGUGGCGUGAUCUGGCCAAGACCCGCCUUGGAGAGGCUGUUUUAAUGAGGGAACCCCCGCCUGGGGAAGCAGAUACCCCGAGGCCUACUAAUGAAAAAAAGAGAAAGAAGAAAUCGCUGGCUGGAUCCCCGAAGCCAAAGAAAGCUAAGGUUCAAAAGCCCGAGGUUGAUUUAGCGGCCUUAACUCGGGAAGCGGCCGAAGGUCUUUGUUCCGAGGGCGAAGAGAGUAAUGACUGCCCGUUGGCUCCUAGAGGGAGAAGAAGUGAUGUUGCUUCAAAGUCUUCUGAGCUGAAGGUGGCUGGGUCGGAGGCUGCCGAGGUGGUCCCGACCCGAGAUGGGGGAAUUGCUGAGGGGAGUUCGGAUGAAGUCCCCGAGCCGACCAACAACCUAAGCACAUCGGUUGCCGAGGGGCACCUUGUUGAUGGACCUGACAAAACCAAUGAUGAAGCACCUCGGAGGGAGGAGAGGGCCCUCGUUGAACCAGUCGAGGUGAUCAAUGUAGAUGAGCCUCUACCGGGCCCGUCAUUCUCUCCUAGACAAAUACGGGAUACCCAAGAUAUGAAAAUUCCCGUCGAAGGGGCAUCCCUCGGAGAGAACAGUACAUUUCAAGGAUGUUUUGUUGGGGUUGAGGAAGGCCCCGAUAUCGACGCUUCGUUGAUCUUUGAAGAAGCCGAGAAGCUUCGGCAACAGGCCUUAAAGCUGUCCAACCAAGCCUUUUCCAAGUCACAAGAAGAGUUGUCCUGUUGUGAGGAUGAAUUUGGGAAGCUUGUUUCUGAAUUAGACGAACUUAAGGCCCUUUAUGCCCAAAAGGAGGGGGAGCUAGGUGACCUUCGAGCUCAUUCGGAGAGGAUAUCUCGAGUGCGGGCUGAUUUCGAUGAGCAGCUCAAGCAAAAAGAUGAUCUAAAGCGAAAGGAGCUUAGAGUCAGAGAUACCAAAAUCCUUGGGUUGAAGCAGCACAUGGAUGAGGUGUCUUCCAAUAAAGAAAUUCUUCGAGAGAGUCUGACCUCGGCUCAGUGCCAACUUCAAGGGGCGAGGGAAGAAAGCCGCAAGUACAGAGAUCUCCAUGUUGAGCUAGAUGCUGAGCUAGAUGCAGCUAAAUCCGAAGCCGAUGCGCUCAUGUCUUCAUACCGAAAGGAUGCUGCUUCUACAAAUGCUCGAGCCAGGAAGGUGUCCGAAGAGGCCAAGCUUAAACUGUCCCGAGCUUUAGAGCAUGCCCGAUUGAGAUCUCGGAGACAGGCUUUCGAGGAUAUAUAUGCAGGGGCCAUCGAUCUGUUAGUCGAGAUCGAGAGGAUAAAGGUCCAAGAGGAAGAAACGGCAACUCAGCUUUCUUCCGAUGGUGGCUCAGCCAAUGAAUCGACCAGCGGCUCGGAGGAUGAUGAAGAUGAUGGUGAAGUCCCUGAAGGGGAGGAGGCCGGUGAUGUUCCGGGGGCCGAGGACCAGGGUUGA